AGGAAAUGAGGAGCGUGUGUUUCUCUUGUCAGUGGUUUGCUAUAAGUGCCGAAGGUUGUUUCAGUCGUAAAAUUAUCAAAUAAAUAAUUAAAUUUUCUUAAAAUGGAUGAUGUAGAAGCAGUCCGUGAAGAAUUGAGAAACAAAGAAAAAGAAAUCAGCAUUUUAAGAGGAAAGCUGUUACAGCUUGAAAAGGGUACCAACAUCAACUCUUCACAUGGUUCCGAGCUACACAAGCAAUCAGUAGAGUUGCCUCCCAUAACGUCGGUGUCUGCUCUGUCAAAUGAAGACAUAAUGCGGUACAGCAGGCAGCUUAUAGUUCCUGACUUUGGAGUCAGAGGUCAGCUGAAGCUAGCAGAAACAUCUGUUUUAGUGGUUGGCUGUGGUGGAUUGGGAUGCCCCUUGGCACAGUACUUAGCUGCUGCUGGCAUUGGUCGUUUGGGACUGCUUGACUUUGAUGAUGUGGAACUGAACAACCUUCACAGGCAGGUUCUGCAUGGAGAGAACAGGAUAGGCAUGCCAAAGUCAUUUUCUGCAGCUAUAGCACUUAAGCAAUUGAAUUCUAGGGUGGAGUGCAUUCCAUACCAUAUGCAGCUGAAUCACAAAAAUGCUUCACACCUCAUAAAACAGUAUGAUAUUGUUGCAGACUGUUCAGAUAAUGUUCCAACACGUUACCUUGUAAAUGAUGUCUGUGUUCUCAGAAAGAAGCCACUGGUAUCUGCCAGUGCCCUUCGAAUGGAAGGACAGCUCACAGUGUAUAAUUAUUGCGGUGGCCCCUGUUAUCGAUGUCUUUAUCCAAAGCCGCCUCCACCAGAAACUGUUACAAACUGUGCAGAUGGAGGUGUUCUUGGAGUAGUGCCUGGAAUUAUGGGAUGCUUGCAAGCCUUGGAAGUUUUGAAGAUUGCUUCUGGAAUGGGCUCUUUGUUAAGACAGCAGAUGCUGAUAUUUGAUGCAUUGGAAACACGGUUUCAUAAAAUCAAGCUGAGGCCAAAACAGCCAAGGUGUGAAGUUUGUGGGGAAUGUCCAUCAGUUAAGGAAUUAGUGGACUAUGAGCUAUUCUGUGGUUCUACAGCCACAGACAAGUGCCGUAUGUUGCAUCUACUCCCCAAAGAACAAAGAGUAUCAGUUGAGGAAUACAAAAGAAUACUGGAUGAUGGACUUCCUCAUGUUCUGGUAGAUGUUCGCCCCCCAGUUGAAGUGGACAUUUGUAGUCUUCCUCAGUCAGUCUUUAUCCCUUUGAGUCAUCUUGAAAAAAGAAGCACUGAGUAUGUACAACUGCUCCAGGAGAAGAUUCAAGAAAAAGAAACCAGUGAAGAAGAUGCUUUUCUAGUGUAUGUCAUCUGUAAACAAGGGAAUGAUUCUCAGAAAGCUGUAAAGAUUUUGGAGACAAUGUCUGGCCUGGAGCUCUGCACACUUUUAGUGAAGGAUAUCCAAGGUGGUCUGAUGGCAUGGUCUCAAAAGGUCGACACGUCAUUUCCACAGUACUGAAAAAGUGACAGCUUGCAUUUUCACCUUUAGUGAAUUCAAACCUGGAAGUAUUAUACUUGUGAAGAAAACAGCUGGGCUUCGAAAGUUCAUGUAUACAGAUUAUGUUUCAUAAAAGUGAGGACUGCUGGUCUAGUAUGAAAUAAAUGGUUUUAUGUUUUUCCUA